UCCUCGUGUUAGGUAAAUGGUUGUAAAAUUUUGAUGUGGUUAUAAUACUUGAAAGAAAUGUAACUUUCAGCCAUAGCUGGGGUGGACUAAAAGUGUAACCUUAUCUUAUCUUCCGUGAUAAACUCUCAUUUGCUGGCUCAUAGCUCCUAUCCAUGGCUUCCUGCGUCCCUCAAUUUCUUAAGCCAAUGCAUAAUCUUCAGCCUCAGUACCAGAAUCAGCUUUCUCCACUUUCACAUAUUUGUAGUUUAAAUCUUAGAACCAAAUGCACAAAUUCAGAAAAUUCAACCCCGGAUGAUUUUCCAAUCCCACCUCUAUAUUCGGAAGACCCCGAGAGUUUCCCAAUCGAGAAACGAAGAAAAUCAGAAAUAAUACGUGACAGGAAAUCAAGCAGUGGGCUGGUGAAACCAGAGCCCCCUAACUUUGAAAUUGGCUGGAAACGAACCAAACCGAUUCCAAUGGAGAAGCCAACUGGGUAUGUGAUCAUGGAUUUUCUCGAGAAGUUGGAGGAAUUAAUGGGGAAACAAUUUGGGUCGACAGAGUUGUUAGAGAAAGUGGGAGAAAUAGUAACAGAGAGAGUGGUAGAAGAAGCUGAAGUGCUGAGGGAUGAAGGUAAGGUGGAGGAUAGAAUGGUGACCGAGUUGUUUAGAGUUUUGAAGUUGAUGAAGAUGGACUUGGCUAUGGUGAAAGCUGCUGUUAAGGAUGAUACAUUACAAGAAAGACUUGAGCAAGCCAAGGCGCGGUGCAGGCAAGCUAUCCUCGUCGCCAAUUCUUUCUGAUAUUUGUUAGAUGAACUUAAUCUAGUAGUUACCAGAGUAUUGAAUGAUUUAAACUAUGACUGUUUUCUACAUGUUACCUUGUAGUCGAGAGUGUAAGAUAAUAUUUUUGCAGUGCAAUAUUUAGUAGGCUUAUUCUGAAUA